AAAAUAUCCAUGGAAUUCCAUUCUGGCGCUUGGUGUCAAUUUUGCAAGCUUGUAGGGAUCUUCAGUACCGUAAUCCAGAGCUCUUCUCUACAGUAGCAGACUAUGUAGCCUCAACAUUGUUUGUUUGGCAGAAUAAGCAGACUGUCAUGUUUCUCUCCCUUUUUGAGGACCUUGGCUUUCGUCAUACAAGUUUGCUGGAUGCAUUUGCUGUAAAAGUGAUUAAUGACCCACACUGCCUUACCCUGAAGGAGCUGCACACUGUCCUUCGUGUUUACUCCCUCCUCAAUCACCUGCCCAAUGAUCAUAGUCAACGGUUUCUGGAAGUUUUGAAUAGUAGUGUUGAGAGUUACCUGCCAAAGCUGUCCUCUUUGGAUCUCCUGCGCUUCACCUAUUCCUUUUGCAUUUUGGGGCACUUUCCACCAACCUUGUUUAACAAUCUCCUGCAGGAGGAUGUUGUCAAUGAGCUGUUAACCUCAGAUAACUUUCAUGAUAUGAUUGUGAGGAUGUUGCACAAUAUCAACGUUUGUUUGGAACUGGACAAUUUGUCAUUUGCCAAGCCAAUCAACCCGCCUGUUACCAUUCCCACUUCAAGCAGCAUCACUGUCAACCCAACAGUCCAGCAAGCAUUACAAAGCAUUCUGGGAGAUGAUGGUCUAUUCCAGCCUGCAGUGCAGUUGCCAAUGGAUUAUUACGUAGAUUUUGAAGUUGCUGUUGAUAAAGAAAAGAAGAGAGCAGUCCCGUUGUGUGAGGCUGAAAGUCGUAACCAGGAUAUUCAGAGAGUGGCUGUUCUGUGUGCUCCAACUUCUGCAUUCUGCUAUGGAACAACCCACCCCAGAGGAAGGCUUGCACUGAAACUGAGGCAUCUCACUGCUCUGGGCUACCACACUGUACUGGUACCUGAGCAUCUUUUUGGCAGGAUGAGUGAAGAUGAAAGGGUCUACUUUUUGAAGAGUAAGAUGUAUGGAGAGGAGCAGCAUUCUGAGGACAGCACCAGUGCACUGCCUAAUCAGGGGAGUGAAAAAGUCUGAUGGGUGGCAGUCCAUUUGCCAAGAGGCAUGACUGUGGAAUAUCUGUCUUUCGAGUCACAUUCUGUGCUAAAAACAAGUUAGAAUGUAAGCUAUGGCCGUGGAUAGAACUGGUAAUGUUUCAGUCAUCAGUUUUAUCGCCUCUGACAAGACUUCUGCAUUUCUUGAACUGCUAAAAGAAGUGGCAGAAGUUUGUUGUCUGCCAGUUGGUUCUGCACAUGUGGACGUUUUAAACUGAUCUGUUUGUGGAGUUUUAAUAAUUAGCUCCCUGUCCUUGAUGUCUUAGUUAUGCAUAUUCAUGGUGUCUGGCUAUUGUGAGAAAUGGUGUAAACAAUGACAGCCAUGGGAAAAUAAAUAUUUGUAGAAAAAACAA